AAAUAAUCAUAAUGAACGCCGUAAAGUGUAAUUCCGUUCGUCGUUUACUAGGAUAUUUAACCGCCGAUUCGAUAACUAGCAGCUCCUACCGUAGACUAGAUCGAACGUUUUGCUAUAAAGCCGUUAAUAGGCGGGCCGUAACCGAGCUAAAAAAUCUCCGGCGUGACCUUCCGGCGGACCGGCAUGGAACCGGCAAUAACCCGAAACCGCUGGCGGAUCAGCUUCAGGCCCGGAUCCGAGCGACAGGCCCGAUCACGGUGGCUUCUUACAUGAAGGAAGUGCUUCUUAAUCCUUCGGCAGGAUACUACAGCACCAAGGAUACCGUGCUCGGCAGUGGAGGCGACUUUGUUACAGCACCAGAAAUCGGACAAAUCUUCGGUGAGCUCAUCGCUGUGUGGUGUGUAAAUGAAUUGCAGAAGUUCAACUAUGAUGGUCACAUCCAGUUGAUUGAACUCGGACCAGGUCGCGGAACGCUGAUGCAGGACGUUUUGCGUGUCUGCGAGCAGUUUGGGUUCACCAAGGACCGUGUCGGAGUACAUCUGGUCGAGAUGAGCGCACAGCUUCAACAUACCCAAGCCGAGCGGCUCUGUAAUGGGCGGGUAGAACGAGGAAUACCGAGCGAUUGUUAUGUGCAGCGCGGAACGACCGCCAGCGGUAUCGAGGUGCGCUGGUACUCGGAUGUAGCAGAAGUUCCCAAAGGUUUCGCAGUUGUUAUCGCGAACGAGUUUUUCGAUGCUCUACCGGCGCAUGUAUUCUGCAAAGAGACCACAGAAGGAAGCGCAGGUGGUGCUUCCUGGAAGGAGGUGUUGAUCGAUAUCAACCCGGCGGCAGCAAACGGACCGGGAUUCCGUUUCAUACAGUCCAACAAAGCCACCCCGUACUCAGUUGUGUUUGGCAAACGGUUCAAUGAAAUGGAUCGUCUACUUCAGGGUCGUAAUCGGGUGGAGGUUUCCUUCGAAAUGGAACAAAUAGCGCAGAAUUUAGCACAGCGGUUCAGUGAACAUGGGGGCUUCGGACUGAUCAUCGAUUACGGUCACGAGGGAGAUAAGAUGGAUACUUUCAGGUCAUUUAAAGAUCACAAACUACACGAUCCACUAGUGAGUCCGGGAGUGGCCGAUUUGACGGUGGAUGUGGAUUUCGGCUUUUUGAAGCACUUCCUCCAGCAGGACGAUAAAGCCAUCGCACUCGGACCCGUUUCUCAGGGUGCCUUUCUCAAAGCCAUGCAAGGUGCAGCUCGUUUAGAGAAUCUUUUGAAAGCAACGACAGAUGAAGAUCGCCGAAAGAUGCUCGUUAGUGGGUAUGACGAACUCACGAAUCCGACAAAGAUGGGUGAACGCUUUAAGAUGCUUUCCGUAUUUCCGGCUGCACUAAAGCAACACCUGCAAACGGCGAACAACGUGAUAGGAUUUGAUAGUCAGCCGAAACCACACCAGCAGGAGUAACGGUGCUUGGGAUCAAAUCGAAUCAGAAAUACAGUCCAGUUUGAGUGAAGGAUGCUGUCUCCUUAUUUAUUCAUUACAGUC